AAAAAAGGUGCAAUAGAAGCCAAAGUCCACCCCUAAACCUUUCUUUUUUUCUCAGUUUCUCUUCCUUCAAAGUCUUCUCUCUCUCUCUUCGUCCAAUAUCCAUCCAUCCCAUGUAGCAAAAACACUUGGACUAGUUCUACUACUAGCAUUUACUGCCCCUUGUAGAAAGACCUGUUCUAUCCUCUUCCCUCCAUCUGUUUCCAUUUUGUCAGCAUUUCAUUUCACCUCUUUCUUUAUAUCUGAGCAGAACCCACAAUUUUACAAACGCUUGUCUCAGUUUCUGCAGCAUCUCAAAUGGCAAAUACUCUGUUUUCAAGAGCUUUCUUGAUUGUAUCCACCCUUGUAUUGUCUAGUACUAGUAUUUUAACUGAGGCAAGAUUCGUGGUGGAGAAGAGUAGUAUUAGUAUACUUGAUCCUUCUGAUAUUCGCUCCAAGCAUGAUGCUGCUAUUGGCAACUUUGGUGUGCCUGACUAUGGAGGAUCAAUGGUUGGAACUGUUGUUUAUCCUGAUACAGGUGCUACUGGUUGUUCUCCUUUUGAGGGUGAUAAGCCCUUCAGGUCAAAGUCUUCCACUCCCACCAUCCUCCUCCUUGAUCGUGGAGGAUGUUACUUCGCUUUGAAGGUAUGGAAUGGACAACAAGCUGGUGCUGCUGCAGUUUUAGUGGCUGAUAGCGUAGAUGAGCCCCUAAUAACUAUGGAUUCACCAGAAGAAAGCUCAGAUGCAGAUGGAUACUUGGAGAAGAUUGGAGUCCCUUCAGUUUUGAUUGAUCAUUCUGUCGGUGAAUCUAUAAAGGGUGCACUGAAGAAAGCUGCAAAUGUUGUUGUAAAAAUUGACUGGUCGGAGUCAAUGCCACAUCCUGAUCAGAGGGUGGAGUAUGAGCUGUGGACCAAUAGUAAUGAUGAGUGUGGAAUCCGGUGUGAUGAACAAAUGAAUUUCAUCAAAAAUUUUAAGGGCAAUGCUCAGAUUCUUGAGAAGGGUGGAUACACCCGUUUCACACCACACUACAUCACUUGGUAUUGUCCUCACGCUUUUCUUCUUAGCAGUCAAUGCAAGUCUCAGUGCAUCAAUCAUGGAAGAUACUGUGCACCUGAUCCUGAGCAAGACUUUGGGAUGGGGUAUCAAGGAAAGGACGUAGUAUUCGAAAAUUUAAGACAGCUCUGCGUGCACAGAGUUGCAAAUGAGAGCAACCGCUCUUGGGUUUGGUGGGAUUAUGUGACAGACUUCCACAUUAGGUGCUCAAUGAAGCAAAAGAAAUACAGCAAGGAAUGUGCAGAGGAGGUUAUGAGAUCGCUGCAUCUACCGAUUGAGAAGAUAAAGAGUUGUAUGGGCGACCCCGAAGCUGAUGUGGAAAAUCAAGUACUUAAAAUUGAACAAGACCUCCAGGUUGGUCGAGGAUCUCGAGGUGAUGUCACAAUAUUGCCAACAUUGGUUAUAAACGAUGUCCAGUACAGAGGAAAAUUAGAGAGGGUUGCCGUCUUAAAAGCCAUUUGCGCUGGAUUCAAGGAGACUACUGAUCCUCCCAUUUGUCUAAAUGGAGAUCUUGAGACCAACGAGUGCCUUGAAAACAAUGGUGGCUGUUGGCAGGAUUCUCAUUCUAACAUAACUGCCUGCAAGGAUACAUUCAGGGGAAGAGUUUGUCAGUGCCCUUCAGCGAAUGGUGUGCAAUAUAGAGGAGAUGGAUACAAGUCUUGUGAAGCUGUUGGACCUGGAAGAUGCAUGGUCAAUAAUGGAGGGUGCUGGUCAGAAACUCGACAUGGACUGACAGUUUCAGCUUGCACAGAAUCUGAUCUUACAGGCUGUCACUGUCCUCCUGGAUUCACUGGAGAUGGCUAUAAAUGUGAAGAAAUAGAUGAAUGUAAGGAAGGUAAAGUUUGUCAAUGUGAUGAUUGCACCUGUAAGAACACAUGGAGCGGAUUUGAGUGCGGUUGCAGAGGGGACAAACUUUACAUUUUGGAGCACGAUACCUGCAUUGAAAGGCACACAUCAAAAUUCGGGUGGUUCCUCACAUUAUUGGUUUUAGCUGCAGUAGUGGCUGCUAGCAUGGCUGGUUACAUCUUCUACAAAUAUAGACUUCGAUCUUACAUGGACUCGGAGAUUAUGGCCAUCAUGUCACAGUACAUGCCAAUCGACAACCAGCAAAAUCAGGUUGUCCAUCAUGAAGCUGAGCCUCUUCAACAACGUUCAUCUGUGUAGAAGUCGCCGAUUGCUAUCUACACUCAGCUGCCACUUGUCUUCUUCAUCAACUCUACAGUUUUCACAAAUCCUGGAUGAGGCAUGCAUUGCUUUAUUUUCUAAAGCAGCAGCUGAGGCAACGACGAAUUCUGAUGGAAAGUAUACAUGAGAACUUGCAUCUGCUGGUUUGGAAUUUUGAAGCUGGAUAGAAAUGAAUUAAUGUAGCUACGCUUGAAGUUGGCAAAAACAUUUUCCCUUGUGUACAUAACAUUACUCGUAGAUGUAAGCCUAAACUUGACAGGCAAAGGCGUGGAAGUUUACACUGAAAUCAUUUUCAGCUUUUAUAGAUGAUGAGCUUUCAAAGGUGCAGA